UCAACUUAAUUAUUACACAGUAACAAACUUUUGAAGCCAUAUUUUAAAUACAUUCCAGACUGGCUCACAGUAGUGUGCCUUAUUAUUGCGCCCCAUGCGUGCACGCGUAACAAAUGAUUGUGACACACUCUUGUGAGCUGCCCGAGUGACUGGAUGGUGGUGGGCUGGUGGUGAGAGAUUCCAGCUCGGCGAGAGUGAUGCCUCCCUCGGCCUAUGGGAGCGCAACAAAGGCGGGGAGGAUUUGCGACGAUGUGGUAACUUUCCGAGAUGACUGAGGACAAAGUUAACGCUCGGCGAGCCUUUUACAAGAAAGGAAACAAGUGCACGUCGGUCAUGUGAUGCCCCACCCGGAAAAACUGCAGGGAAGCGACCGCACUGUAAAGUCCUAGGAAACCGAUUGUGCUCUUAUGUUAAAACUGCAGCCCAAGUUUGAUCUGCGCAAAGAUGUGGAAGCUGACAUUCGCAGGAAGGAAGCGGAGGUGUGCAGGGUGAAAGACUACUCUGGAGCGCUGGACAUUUCAAUCCUCAACACUGAGAGAGAUGGGGGCAUCCUUUACUCCUGGGAGGGAUCAACUGGAACCACCAGAGUGGGGAAAUACGACGCGAAUGCUAAGACGAAUAAGCUCCUGUACUCCUUUGACAAGCAGGUUUGUGUCAGCAGCUGCUCCCUAAACAAGGAGGAGACAUUGUUAGCUGUUAGCUUGGCGCAAAACACCCACGGAGAGGAGCACCUCAAACCAAUGUCCAAGUGCUUGACGCUCCUGAUUGAGAUCCGUCCAAUCAACAACACCAAGGUGUUAAAGGCGGUAGACUGCAGGGUCAAAGUGCAGUUCCUCCAUCCUGAAAGUGAGCGCAGAUCGGUGCACGAGAGCCACCUGCUGCUGUUGACUGAAGAUGGAUAUGUGGAUCAGUACCACGUCCUGCUGACCCGACACGAAGGCUACAAAGUGGUGCUGGCCAAUCCCGAGCGGUUGUCCAAGACGGCCGAGCGGGUGGCGGAGGAUUUUUGUUGGGUCCAAUGGGACGUGCAUACGCAGAGGCUCUACUAUCUCACCCGGGCGGACAAGUUCCUGCUGCGAUGUGUGCAGUUCUACGACAACCACAAUUGCGAAAGCGUGUUGGCGCUGCCGUUACACCUGCCUGUCAACGCUUUCAGCACCGUCGAGUUUGUGAAUCUCGGAUUUGACCGCCAUUACGCGGAGAGGCGGCAGCCGGUCAAGAUGGAAGUAUUCACAAAUCAAUUAGGAAGCAUGUGCGUGUGCUACAGUCGGCCUGCUUGCGACAAACCAGAGCUCAUCUAUACGGUGGUUCUCGUUCACAAAGACUGCAGCAAGACUUUUCGGGUCACUUUGGGGCAGCCGCCAUGGGACGCCGUGCAGCUCCAGCCGAUCUUCAUCCCUAUAGGUUACUACGUCAUCGUGUAUCUGCACGCGUGCUUCCUCCACUGCAUCAACACCAGGCAGCAGGAGAUGCUCUGCCACUCCCUCUUCCUGUCUGGAGACGACGCCGACUUGGGCCUAGCGUCCAAAUCCGGAACGUUCACGGUACUGCGCGCGGAGGAGGAGUCGAGCACGGCCCUUUUGGAUUUGGUAGGCGGGACGAUCCACGACGCCCAACUCAGCGCCGCCCGCCUUCUGCAGAUCCUACGGUCGCGCUCGCCAUCCGGGAGACCGCACAACAUGGCUGACGCUCAACACCUGGCUGCCCUUCACUGUCUGCUUCUUCACAGCGGAAAUGACCCAAACGUGGAGGCGCAGAUUAUCGAGUGGCUGUGCGACAACAUCAAAGUCCGAGACUCCUUUGACCAGAUCCAGGAGUUCAUUCUAGCAUCUUUAUACAGACUAAGCUACCAAAGGUCCCUCAGCCUGGAUAAACUGCUGCCUUGCUCAACGGUGUUCGACAUGAAGGAUGUGCCAGCGUGCCUGACGGAGAUCCCCGGCGUGCUGUGCACCACUCAGCUGCAUACCGAGUGCGUCUUUAAAGGGAAGGCCAGAUGUCUCCCGGGCUUCUGGUCCGAGCUGCAGUGGAACGCGGAGAGGACAACGUAUUUUGAGGUGGAUCCCGAGCCCAGAUACAGGACCUCGCACGUUCAAGCCUACUGGAGCAAACUUAUGACUGAGAAACCGUCGGGCCACAUGACUCACAUGUUGGAGAACGCUAAGAAGGUCCUUGCCUUGGUGGACGCUCGGCAUUUCGACAGGAAGCUGGUGCCACUUUUCCAAGAGGAGGAUCACCACCAGAGGCUGCUCAUAGGCCUGACGGCGGAGAUGCUAAGGGAGCAUCUGAACAGGCAUCUGCCUCGCCUGGGCAAGAAGAAGAUCGAUUCCCUGGUUAUCGACUAUAUCGCCAAACUGCUGGAGCUGAUUAGACACAUGCUGGAGUCAGUCUGGCUGAAGCACAAGCUGGGCCCUCAUGUUCUGUGCUUCACGCAGCCAGCCGGUCCGGGCGAGUGGGCUGCGUUUCACUUCAUGCUUCGGAUCCUGGAAGCCACCGGGGGUCUCUGCAUGCCGCUCCCACCUGGCUAUCACACUCUGCUAGCGGCGUUGGCUUUGCGCUGCCUACCCCAUCGCACUUUCCUACAAUACGUGGACCAUCGCUUCCUCCGGCUCACGGACACCUUUGUGUCUCGACUCCUGACAGAUUUGGACAACAGCGCCGCCAACGAGAGACUCAAGUUCGGUGUAUUGAAGCGACUUCCCGAGGCCUACAGAUUCUACCAAAUGUGGGAUCAUCCCGUCAGUUCGGCUUCCAUCUCCAGAGACUACGUCAGGAAUCUGCUGGGGAGACGCAACAAAAACAAAGGAUUUGCUUUCACCGGCAGAGACAAAGCAGACUUCGGAACAGAGUUCCUGCCUCUGACGUACCUGGCCAAAGUACUUUCUGACAUCGAGGAGCAAGCUCUGAACCCGUUCGGGGAGCGGGGGAACGUGGACGCCGCAUUUGUGGAGGAGACCGCUCUGAAACAGACACUCAUUCUGCUGGGCUUUGAGACAAAAUAAACCCUGCCGCAAAAAUAAAAAUGAAUAAAAAUAAAGGACAGAUGGAGAGGAAGACGACGCGUAGAUUGAUGGGAGGCAAGGAGCAACGAUGAAUAACGAGAGCGAGGGAGCAGGCAGGAAGAGAGGAUUUUUUUUUUUUACAUUUUAAUUCAAGUCAAGGAAGCUUUUUUUUUGUGUGCGUUUGUUUAAUCAAAACAAGGGUAUAAACAAGCCACCAAAAUCAUUGCACGUCCUCUUACGAUACAUAGUUAGCAGUAGACUGCACAACCUCAUGAGAUCAAAAAUGGAAAGCAUUCAAUUCAAUGCAAAUCGCGCUGCUCCUCCUGAUGUGUGUGCUUGGGCAGAGCAGUCAUUCUUCGCAGGGGAUAAAGAAUACAAGCCCCAGUUUUGUGUUCAUCUAUGUAUAUCUGUUAGCCCCUAUUUGGCCUUUUAGCUUGUUUGUUAGCAUGACGCUAAUCAGACUUAAAGCUACCGUUUUUUUUGUU